AUGGCUAUAUGGGAGCACUUAGCGCCCUCCAAAACCCAUAUUGCCUACGCAUGUAUAGGUGUUUUUUCCACAAUAUUUUCUCUGUGCUCUCUUUUUAUUAAAGAGAAGCUCUAUAUCGGAGAAGCUUCUGUGGCCGUUAUAUUCGGCCUUAUCGUGGGACCACAUUGCCUGAAUUGGUUUGCCCCGGAAGAUUGGGGAAACUUGGAUCUGAUUACCUUAGAGAUCUCUAGAAUGGUCCUAAUCAUACAGAUCUUUGCUGUUGCGGUUGAGCUACCCACAAAGUACAUGAAGAAACACUGGGUCUCGGUUUUUAUUUUCCUGGUUCCAAUUAUGACUUUCGGUUGGCUGAUAGUCGGCCUGUUUUUGUGGAUAAUCAUUCCAGGAUUCAAUUUCAGUGAAGCUUUACUAGUCAGCGGCUGUGUCACAGCUACUGAUCCCGUCUUAGCUUCCGCAAUCGUUGGUAAAGGAAAGUUUGCGGAAAGGGUUCCGGGGCACCUGAGAAACAUCUUGAGUGCAGAAUCGGGAUGUAACGACGGUAUGGCAUUCCCGUUUAUAUAUCUUGCAUUAAAUUUAAUCAUUCAUGAGGGAAAUGGAGGCCUGAUUGUCCAAGACUGGAUCUGUGUUACUCUCUUAUAUGAAUGUCUCUUAGGCUGUGUUUUAGGAUGGGCUAUAGGUCUAUCCGGUCGAUAUGCAAUCAAAUUUGCAGAAAACAAGGGUCUGAUUGAUAGAGAAUCUUUCCUUGCUUUUUACAUCGUCCUUUCGUUUGUCUGUGCAGGCUUCGGUGCUAUACUUGGUGUGGACGAUCUGUUGACAUCUUUUGCUGCUGGGACUACAUUUGCUUGGGACGGCUGGUUCUCUGAAAAAACUGAAGAGAGUCAAGUUUCGACUGUUAUCGACCUGCUGUUGAACCUGGCCUAUUUCGUGUAUUUUGGGUCUAUCAUUCCCUGGGAAGAUUACAAUAACGCUUCGAUUGGCACUCCGAUUUGGAGGCUGAUCCUUAUUGCUUUGGUGAUUAUAUUCCUACGAAGAAUCCCUGGAAUGUUAAUGUUAAAACCCGUCACACCAGAUGUUAAAACAUGGAGGGAAGCAUUAUUCUGCGGACAUUUUGGACCCAUUGGUGUAGGUGCAAUUUUUGCAUCCAUCCUGGCAAAAUCAGAACUUGAAUCACAUUAUACUGGCAGCACAGGACCCCUGGCCGAACUUCCGGAUUCUUCAACACCACAUUUUCAACUGCUGGUCUCGAUCUGGCCUAUUGUCACAUUUAUCAUCAUCACAUCGAUUGUAGUUCAUGGCUCCUCUGUGGCAGUGCUCACCCUGGGAAAGCAUUUACAUACGAUGCAGUUUACAAUGACUUUCACUCAUACUGAAGGCAACAAAAACUCGUCCAACUGGUUGAAUAGAUUGCCAAAAAUUGACGCUAAAGGCCGUGACAUAUCAUUGGAGAGGAUCGACACUUUAAAUCCAUCAAUGUUAAGCUCUGCUGCAACAUUAGAAAACUCAGGUUCUAAUAUCAAUAUAUCGGGUAUGACGGCUAAGCCUGCUGGUGGCAUGAAAAGAAGAAAGAAGACAAAACGAUCUAGGAUAAGAAACAGGUUCCAUGAAGAAACAGGGAUAGGAAAAGAACAAAAUGCGAGACGUGUGCCUGAAGUAGAAGACUUGGACUUGGGCACGAUGCAUCGUCGUAGUAAAGAGGAAACUUCUACUGAAACUCCCUCUGGUGAAAAUACCCCUAAGGUUGAUGAUACCGACCAAGACCAAGAGGCUAUUUCCAAAGUCCCUACGACUGGUUAUACCGAGGGAAAUCGUUUGAUCGUAGAAGAUGAGCAUGGGGAAGUUAUUGAUGAGUAUGAGCUAAAAGAUCACACUCCUAAGAGCCAAACUGACCAAACGAGCGUGCAUAGCUAUGGGUCGUUCAAAAGAGCUCUUAAUAAAAUAUCAACAGAGUUAGAACCUGAGGUUCCACAAAAACUCCAAAGGAUAUUAUCUACAUCUUCGCAGAGCAUCAAGAAUGCUAAGAAGGUUCUUGUUGGUUGUGGAACUAAGACUGAGGGUGGCGAUAGACGAAAGCUCUAUGCUUUCGUAGUAGGUGACCAGGUUGUUAUUGAGAACAAGGACGGAGAAAUCCUCCGUCGGUACAAGAUUAAUCCGCAUAAAGGUGAAUCCGAACUAAGUGAUUCCCAAUUACGAGCUGGUCUCAACAACUCGGAUAUCCGAGGGUUGAGAGACAACAGUAAUGCUGAACAACCUGACCUUGAAAAGCAAGAGAACGACAUCGUACCAGAAGAGGAAGAGGUUAAUAAUCCUACGCUAACAAGGAAAAUGUCACAAAAGCUUGACAAUACUGUUCAGUCUCUAAUUGCACCGUUUCGACGCACUAAAACGGCUAGUUUUAGUGUCAGGAAAAAGCCAUCGGAACUGGAACUCACUGAGUCGGUCAAUACCUCCUCCAACGCCCCUCUUAAUCAACAAUCUAGUUCAGAAACCUUGAGCAUCUCAAGUGAACCUGCAGAGAAUGAAGUGAAAGAAUCAAAAGUUGAAAGAGCACGACGAUUAGCUGCUCUUCAUACUUCUGUGAGAGACGAUAAAGAUGAAGAAGGACCCCCGGUUAAAGCAACCAAACCUAUGAAGUAG